AUGGCUUCUACGCGCAAGACUACCGUCCUCAUCACGGGCUGCACGCCCGGCGGUAUCGGGCACGCACUAGCCGCUGAGUUCCACAAGAGAGGCUGUCACGUCAUCGCCACGGCGCGCAACCCGGACGUCCUCGAGGGUCUGCAGGCCGAAGGCUUCAGCACCGCUCAGCUCGACGUGACGGACGAGGAGAGUCUGCAGUCGUGCAGGGAAGCUGUCGAAAAGUUGACGGAUGGACGUCUGGAUAUUCUGGUCAACAAUGCCGGCCGCACCCACACGAUCCCAGCCCUAGACAUGGAGAUCGACGACGUGCGGGCCACGUACGAGGCCAACGUGUUCGGGCCCAUGCGCGCGGUGCAGGCCUUCAUCGGGCCCCUCAUGGCGGCGCGCGGCCUGAUCGUCAACAUCUCGUCCACGUCGGCGCAGGUGCCGUACAUGUUCGGGGCCAUCUACAGCUCGACCAAGGGCGCGCUCGACACGUACUCGCGCGCGCUGCGGCUGGAGCUCAGACCGUUGGGCGUGCGCGUCAUGGUGGCCGUCACGGGCACGGUCCGGUCCAACAUCGCCAGCCGCCAGCACCGCUCCCUGCCGGCCGGGUCCCUGUACCAGCCGGUCCGGGACGUGUUCGAGUGGCGGCUCACCUUCAGCCAGAACCACGGCACGGUCUCGACCGAGUCGUACGCCCGCGGCGUCGUCGACCAGGCCCUCCGCGGCGAGGGCUGGUUCGGCCACCUGAUCGGCGGCACGCCCGACUGGUUCUGGCACGGCGGCAUGUCGCGCCUCGUCUGGCUGACGACGCUCAUGCCCAGGUGGCUCAGCGAGAACGUCAUCUUCCCCAGGUACUGGAAGAUUGGGGAACUCACGCGCAGGAUCCAGGCUGCCGGUGCGGAGAAGUCGACCUAG